AUGCCUAGAAAGGCAUUUAUUCGCGAUCUCUGCAAGGCUUCAACGCCUGGGGCUUUUUCGAGGCUGGUAGAUAUAAAGCCUGGCGGAGACGAUGGCACGUUGUCUUGCUCUCUGGUCCUCAGUGAGGACCCUAAGCGGCUGGUGGACCUUGAAUUCAUGGUUACAGAUAUCUCACUUUAUCCCGACGAGCAUGAGUUUUUCAUGUACACUACAUCCGAGGAUGUCCCUCAUUACGUUACGGACGUCCUAAGACAAACUCAACGGGGCAUCUGCCGCCUGGAGAUUCCGGAAAUGUUAUCACAACUAGACUACACUUUUCAGAGAAAUAUAGAACUGAAGGGUGGGGUGGGAGACAGCUCGGUUAUUGAUGAUAUUUUCCUAUGCGGUGAGAAUACGAUGACUUCCGAGAUCGAGAACGCUCCUCCAGACUUGAAUGAUGACGAAUAUCAAUGGUCUUCAGCUUCACAGCCAAUAGAUACCCCAAUAACUCUUUCAACAAAAACGGGAGAAGAAGCAGAACAGGAGAUUGAGGACCUCCUAUACAAUAUAUCAGAAGACUUAAAAGAAGUAAAGUUGGCCGGCUUCCGUGUUGGAUACGUUGGAAACAAGAUAUGUCCCAUAGUGUCCGUUUCCUGCCGCAUUUCGAAACUUGGCAUAUCAGAGGACGCGAUGAAAGCGUGGCAUAUCCAAGAGGAACAAUACCUAAUUUGUCUGAUUCGUUAUAUCGGAAGAUACCAAUCCUUGGAACACCUCCUCCUCGAGGAUGAACAAACUGGAAAAUCUUCCGUCGAAUUUCGUAUUGGCCUCUGUGAUAUGUACAAACCUUCCCUGGGAAGCGCUCUCGACAUGUUUGACCAAGCUAACCCAAAUGUAAAAGCUUCUAUGGACCCCAUCAUGGAUAGGGAGAUGAUACACUCCUUCAUAAGUGGCCCCUUAAAUGCCUUGCUAAAUGAACGAUUCAUCAAGAUCUUACGUUAUAGACACAAUUUUGGUCAGUCAUGGUCUGGAGCAGAGCAGUUUUUCAACGAUUAUAUGGGCAAGCCCAUCGGCGCUUCAGAUCCAAUUUCCUUCACUUACCAAGAGCCUGACAUACCAAAAGAGAAGGCAGCCACAUUCCAUCACUUUCUUAAAUCAGACCAUCUCAUGGAAAAAAAUGGCUUAGGAGCAUCUUUCCCCCUUAUAACGAUGCAGUUUACACUUCGUCACUUUGUAAGAUGUACGGAAUUUUGCCUUGUUUGUCAUUGCAAAACCAAUGAUACCUUCGAGGCCAUUAAGCCUUACGUUUGCUCUAAGAGCUUGUGCCUGUUUCAGUACAUGGCUCUGGGAUUUGGACCUAGCCUUGAAUGGGAGAUCAUUACACAGCCUUAUGUGGUCGAUUUGCUAGCCAGCUUCACUUAUUCUAGCGCCUAUCGAAGCCGCAUUGCUGAUCCGCCAACAGGUCUUGGAAUUCUGGUUCCUGGAGGUAUAAUAGAUACAAAGUAUCACCAUCUCUGCCAUGCUACUGAUGAUGUUUCUUCUAAUUGUCAACGAAAAUUGCGUUACGAAGCAAUGUUCGAUCAAUCAAAGUUGACAAUGAAGUUUUCUGGGUGCUUUCCAGACCGUCGAGUGUUAAAACAUGCAGCGGCAAAGCAGGUUUCGACGACAUCAGAUAUUAGGAAAGUCUCUGUUGCCUGGUAUGAACAAAAUUUUGACGAUCUUGACAGAAAGUUCCAGCAUCAAAUGAUUGUGUCUCUACUUGACACCCUUCCAACGGUUGUUGAGAUGAAGGAGUACCUAACGGAGAACCCUAGAGGCUCUCAACGUACACUUGCACAAUGGAAAGAUAAAAUUUCAAAGUCCGCUCUCGAUAUAUUACGCUGGAUAGUUGCAUCAAAUCGUUCUUGCAUUAUUCAGGAUGACCCAGACCCCAUUGGGGAUGAUACCGUCUCCCCUCCAGCCAACAAUGACCGUGUCAGGGGAGUUGCUGGCUAUAUGCAAUUUCGCUUUGCCCAAGGGGCUCCGGAUAAAGAAGAACGAUUUUCUCAAGCUGUCAUGGCUGCAAAAGAAAGACUUCAAAAACCGCACGCUACUCUCUUUGCAUGGCAUGGUAGCCACCUCUCUAACUGGCACGGUAUUCUACGCGAGGGAUUGCAUUUUAAGGAAACCCUCCAUGGGCGGGCAUUUGGGCAUGGUGUUUACAUGAGCCCACACUUUGAUACUUCUGCAUCUUACCUUAAUACUGCAUCAACCUGGGACUCUCUUGUUGGCCCCCAUUCAGGAACAGAAACCUGGCCAAGCAGUAAACUAGGAGUUAUCAGUGCAAUAUCAUUGAACGAAGUGGUGAAUUCUCCUAGAGAUUUUGUGAGCACCACGCCACAUUUAGUUGUAUCUCAGCUGGAUUGGAUUCAAACGAGAUACCUAUUCGUGAGUUGUUCUCUAAACAAGAAUGUCGGUGCGACUCAAGAGACAAAAUCGCCUCCAUAUUAUCAUCAAGACCCUCGAUACGUGGCGCAUGGCCCACAUUUUAAACAAAUCACCAUUCCCUUGUCUGCGUUUAGCCAGCAGCGGCGCCUUGCCCUGGGAAUAACAGCCAAACCUCCACUCACAGAGUCGGACACUACCGCCGCCAAAAAACAAGGCAAAGCAACCCCUGUUAAAGAUGCUGCAAGCUCAUCGGCUGAGGCAGGUGCUUCAACUUCUCCUUUGUCAAAACAACAGACAACACAUCCUAGUGCUGGAAAUAGUUUAUCUAAAAAAUUGAAUGGUGGGCCGAAAGUAGUAGAUCCGGAUCAUGGGGGCCAGGACGGUCCCACAAAACUGCACGUCCCUGACCCGGCCCCUAUUGAGGUACCAUCUUGUUAUCCACAUUCUGUGGAAGCUGAUGGCUACCUUAGCGAGGAAACAGACAUUGAAGAUCUCAAUCUUGUCAUACAAGCUGACAAGAUCAAAGCCAGGCGAGCAAGUCGCCAUCAACUCCCUGAAGCUCCUGAAGAUAACGGCAAGGGGAGAGAUAAGGGUAAGGGCAAGGCUCAAAAUAAAACCGAUUUUAUCCCUGGAACUCUCGACCCGGCAACUCUCCCUAUGAUGGCAGCUCCAAAAUAUGCUACACCAACCGCCACAGCCUCUCUCCAACGUGACCUACGAGCGGCUCUUCGUAUACAAGAUAACGAACCACCCGCCGAUCUAGGCUGGUACAUUGACCCAAGCCUCGUCAAUAAUGUCUACCAAUGGAUUGUUGAGCUGCAUUCUUUCGACCCUUCGCUGCCCUUGGCCAAGGAUAUGGUAGACGCUAGUAUCAAGUCCGUGAUUCUCGAACUCCGAUUCCCCCAGCAAUAUCCAAUUUCGCCGCCUUUUGUCCGAGUUAUUCGCCCUCGGUUCCUAGGUUUUCAAAGUGGUGGAGGCGGCCAUGUUACCGCAGGCGGUGCACUUUGUAUGGAACUCUUGACAAACUCAGGCUGGUCUGCCGUGUCGAGCAUUGAAAGUGUGUUGCUUCAAGUUCGCAUAGCAAUCUCUAGCACUGAUCCUCGGCCGGCGAGGUUAGCGCCUGGUCAAAAUUCACUGAAAGGAAAGGUACUGGAGUAUGGUGUUGCAGAGGCCGUGGAGGCGUUUAUCAGGGCCUGUAAGAUGCACGACUGGCAGGUUCCUACUGACUUCGAGCGGGAGGUCAAGGGCGGAUGGGUUCGCGCAGAUGGUCCAUCAAAUAGAAAUUAG